GACACACUCACAUUCACAUUGAUUACACCCUUUGCUUCGUUCUUCAUCUUUCACGGGUUUGUUGCAUUUCCAUCUCAGACAAAAUCUGGUGAUGAUCAUAAUUUGACAACAAACCCAUUUAUAUUUUCAUCAAUUGCCCAUCUGCAUCAGCCUUUCAAGCUUUUCACUUUCUUGGGGAUUUGUUGCUUUUGGCAUUGAUCAGCUUUGCUUCCUCUGUUUUCUCAAAUGCCCAUCUGAGUUUUGGAGAGUUUUGGUGGACUUCAUGCUAAUGAUGAUAAUGAAAAAGGGAAGAAAUUGAAGAGGUAAAAAAAAGCUGCUAAUCAAAAUAUCGUCCUAGGAAUCUGUCACGAUGGCAGUGCCCAGAAAGACAGCAAUGGCAAUUAAAUCUUACCAAAAUCAGGCUGAAGAUCUGGUUAAAAGCUACUUACUAGCGGAUCCGUUUAUGCCAUAUACUUCCGUUAUUGGAGGAAUAUUUUUGUGCAAACUGGUCUAUGAUCUUACCCAGUUAAUUAGUACCUUUUACAUCAAAAGUUAUGCUAGUCUUACAAAAAUCCAACGAAUCGAGUGGAACAGUCGAGGAAUCUCCAGCAUCCAUGCUAUUUUUAUCACAGUUCUUUCCUUGUACUUUGUUUUCUGGUCCGAUCUCUUUUCAGACCAACAGCUAGCUGGCCUUGUUACAUUUCGAAGCUCAUCGUUGUCUGUAUUUGGAUUAGGGGUCUCUGUUGGGUACUUCUGUGCGGACCUAGGAAUGUUACUGUGGCUAUAUCCUUCUUUAGGUGGAAUGGAGUAUGUCCUCCAUCACUCACUUGCUGGAAUUGCGGUAGCGUACUCCAUGUUUUCUGGGGAAGGGCAACUUUAUACAUACAUGAUCCUCAUCUCUGAGAUCACUACUCCAGAGAUCAAUAUGAGAUGGUAUCUUGAUACAGCUGGUAUGAAGAGGUCCAGCGCAUAUCUCAUUAACGGCAUUGUGAUAUUUUUUUCAUGGCUGGGAGCCAGGAUUCUACUGUUCGGUUACAUGUUUUACCAUGUUUACCUGCACUAUGAUCAGGUCAUCCAGAUGCACAUCUUUGGAUAUAUGUUGGUCUUUGCUGUACCAGCAGUGCUAGCAAUAAUGAACUUGAUGUGGUUUGGAAAGAUUAUCAAGGGGUUGAUUAAACAAUUAUCUAAGAGGCAAUGAUGCAUAUAUAGAUAUUCCAACCAAGUCUAAAGUCUUCCUGUUACGAUGGGUAUCAUGUUGUGCAUUCUGCUAUUUUGUUUACUGUAUAAAAUGAUAGGGGCCUAGAGAGGUUAAAGAGAAAUCAAAUCUGGAGGCAUUUAGUCACCACAAUGUUGUAAAGUUUGUAUUCUUUUGUCUGUGUUGUAGUUACCUGAAAUUGAAUUGAGAUCUCUCAUCUCUAUUCUAACUCCGUCCCAUCCUAUGUCACUAGAGACCUAGAGUUGAGGUUCAAUACCCUCAGUUAAGUUGGAAAUGAAGAUUUGCAAAGUUGUUUACAUU